AUGGCCGCCGCCAAAGGGGAUGCCUUGGCCCAGGAUCGCAUCGGGCUUUGCUACGAAAAAGGUCUUGGUGUCGAUCAGGAUCCGAUCAAGGCAUUCCAGUGGUUCACCAUGGCUGGCAACCAGGGCCUGUGCGAUACACAGGCCAGACUUGGCGUCUAUCACCAUUUUGGGUUCGGAACCCCCGUCGAUCCUGGCAAGGCUGUGGAGUGGUACACCAAAGCCGCCCUCCAGGGCCACGUCCAUGCUCAAAACAACCUCGGAUGCUGCUUUUUCCAUGGAUUCGGGGUUCAGCAAAACCACAGUUUGGCCCUACAUUGGCUUACCAUCGCAGCCGAGCACGAGAACGGGGUUGCCCGAAUCAAUCUUGGAAUGUACCCACACCUCGCGAGCCCUGUUGACGCAUCCAAGCCUCCUGUGUGA